AUGCCGCCUCGCGUCGCACGAAGCUCGCUGCAGAGCGCUGAUAAGCCGGCAAAGGCUCGCUCGAACCCGCGAAACCCAAAGAAAAGCGGCGAAUACGAGAACCCCGAAAAAGUCAAAAUCAGCAAGAAUCGCCUCGGUGAAGUCGAUCCUUCGUUUCAGCGGAAACGGCCGCGCGACGACGAAGAGGAAGAAGAGGACGAGGAUGAGGAUGGCGAGCCAAAGAGGCGCAAGAGGAGGAGCGGAGAGGACACUUUCGACGAGGGAAGCGACUCCGAAGGCAACACUUGGACAAUGGGACACAUAGAUGUCGACGACGAUGACGACGAGGAUAUUGACUCCGACGAGGCGUUUGGUGAGAGCGACGAGGAGCGUUUCGAGGACUUUACGUUCCGUGGUAGCUCGACAAAUAAGAAGGGCAAGGCGAAGAAGCCCAAGCGACCACAGAAGGAUAACGACGACGACGAUGACUUCGACAUGGAUGAGGGAGACAGUGCAGAUGGCGAGGAAGAUAGUGAUGAUCUGGGUGAAGAUGCCAUCGACCUGGCCACUGCGCUCGACCAAUACGAGGAAGAUGAGGCGGAAGAAAAGCGGGAGAAGGCGAAAAGGAAGAAGAAUACAUCUGCAUUCGACAGCGACAGCGACGAUUCGCCUAGUGAAGGCGAAGACGUCGGAGCAGACGGAGCAUCGGACUUCUCCUCGAGUGACGACGAAGACGACGAGGAUGACCGACAAGCACAAUUGAAGGACUUGAUCUCUUCUCUGGCGACCGAGAGUGAAGAGAAGGCAAAGGGCAGGAAGGUCGAGGUGCACGAGUCAGCCGUACCGGACGAGUUUGGUGUUUCCAGGAAAGUUGAUCUCCUCAGCCUCAAGCCAAAGGUCGCCGAUGAAGAGAAGAAGCGCGCAUUGAAGCUCCUCCAAGACGACAAGAACUCCAAGCGAACCGACAUCGCCAGGAAGCUGGAAGCCCCACUACCCAAGCGACAACAAGACAAGCUCGACCGCGCUGCUGCCAACGCGAAAGCGAAUGAGACUCUCGAGCGAUGGACCGACACCAUCAAGCGGAACCGCCGCGCCGAGCAUCUUAUGUUCCCGCUGCAGAACAAGAGUGGUGGCGAGAUGGUGGGAGAGACACGUCUACAGCCGACCACUACAUCUGCGCCUGCCAACGAUCUCGAGAGCACCAUUCAGGCUAUUCUACAGCAGAGCGGUUUGUCAAAUGGCGCCGACGAUGAAGACAAGAUUCGCAGGGGUGAGGAACUUGAGCUCAACAAGCGACCAAUUGAAGAAGUCAUGAAGAACCGUGCUGCACUGCGAAUGGCACGUGAACUUGCAUUCCGCGAGGACGUACGGGCAAAGCGCAUCAAGAAGAUCAAGAGCAAGGCUUACAGGCGUGUACAUCGAAAGGAGCGUGAGAAGCUGCUGGAGAAGGAGCGCAGCCAGCUCAAGGCUGACGGCGUAGACUUGUCAGAAGAGGAGCGCGAGUACAAUGAUCGUCGACGAGCUGAGGAGCGUAUGGGGGCCAAGCAUCGCGAAAGCAAGUGGGCCAAAGGCAUCAAAGCUACGGGUCGCGCUGCAUGGGAUCAAGAUGCGCUCGAUGGCGUCACUGAGAUGGCGCGACGCAAUGAAGAGCUUCGUCGACGUGUCGAGGGCAAGGCCGUGCGUGAUGCAAAUGAAGAUGCAUCAGACGUGCCGAGUGAUGAAGACGAAAGCGAUGAUGAGAGCGAUCUUGACAACGCAGACGACGCAGCUCUACAGCGAUCACUCGGCAAGCUCAAGCAUAAUCCCUUCUCGACCGAUAACACCAAGUUGGGUCAGAUGGCCUUCAUGCAGAGAGCUGAAGCAGCCAAGCGCGCCCAGAAUGACGAAGACAUUGAACGUAUCCGCCGCGAACUUGCAGGCGAAGACAGCAUGGAUGAUGAAGUUGCGGAGAAUGCUACAAAGAAUGGACGUCGCAAGUACGGACCGGGCAAGGAGCUCUCGCUCCCCAUGCAGAUCAACCGCAAUGAGUUUGAGGAGGGGCCUGACUCCGCUGACGAAGAUGCACAACGGCCAGUCAUGGGAGAAGAUGAAGAGACUGUGGCGAAUGGGGCACGUAAGACAAAUAAGUCUAGUGGACCUCUUGCCAAUGGCCUGGAGAAUGCACGAAAGACACAACGGAAGGAGAGUACUGCAGCUGCCAGGGCCGCUAAAGCUGAAGAGGAGACGACCUCGAAUCCAUUCCUGGCGAAAGCUAAGAAAGAGAAGAAGUCGAAGCCCGAUGCCGAGCUUGUUGCUUCUCUCAACAGUGUUGAGCCUGGACAGUCCGGCGUGCAAGCAAAGUCAAAAGCACAGGCGAAACCAAAAGCAAAAGCCAGCGAAAGGCCUCAAGAGACAAUAGUCGACUCCUUCCUCCAACAGCGCGUCACUACAGCCGAUGAUGAUGGCUGGGCCACGGUCCUAGGUGGACAAGACGACGACGAAGAAGCAGACGACCAAGCCGCCGACUCAGACGACGGCAUCGACCUCAACCUCGUCCUCCGGAACCAAGCCCUUACCGCAAAAGGAUUCGCAGGCGACAACGUAGCCGCCGACUUCGCCGCCGAAAAGCUCGCCACCAUCGCCGACGAAGAGUCCACCACCGUCACUACAACGCUUCCCGGCUGGGGCGCCUGGACGGGCUCGGGCACAAAGUCUAAAGGCGCGCGCACCGUGACCAAGACACCCGGCAUCGACGCGAACAAGCGCAAAGACAAGAAACUCGAGCGCGUCAUCAUCAAUGAGAAGAGGCAGAAACCUACGACCAAGUAUUUGGCAAGCCAGCUGCCGUUUCCGUUUGAGAAUCGUGAGCAGUAUGAGAGGAGUCUGCGCGUGCCCAAGGGCAAGGAGUGGACUACGAAGAAAACGUUUCAGGAUGCCACGAGGCCGCGGGUUAUUGUUAAGCAGGGGGUUAUUGCGCCGCUGCGGAAGCCGUUGGUGUAA